UUCAAAUCUUCCUCAGAGUAGAACCCCAGAGUAUUUUAACUAUGCUCAUUCUUUGCCUUGUUUAAACCCACGCAUGAUAAAAUGGACAGAGCUUAAGUGUGGGCAUGAGGCUUUAAAAAUAACAGACACCCUGGCGUCUCACCAAAGCUGUUGAGCUGUGGCUUGUUAGCUUUCUCAGGCCAGGGGCACAAACUCAGAGAUCCACUCUGAGUGGACCUCUUCCACUUGUUUUCUCUUGUCUCCCCAGAGUGGUUCUCCUGACUGAGGAAUGUGGUCCAGGCAGCCACCCCUCCAACAGGAGCAAAGACCCCCUAUAAGACCAGUGACGGAGCUCUUCUUGGGUCCCUGGUGGCAAGCUCAGUGCAUAUGUGGUGUCCCUAAAGAGCAGGCUGGGAAGCACAGGGUUUCCUCCUCAAAUCCCACUGUAGUCAGAUGUGGGACGAAGAAGUGACUAGCAGAAAGCAGCCACACCACUGACCAGGGUUUGCAGUGACUUGCUUGACACUCAGCACAGUGACUGUCAUAACAUUUAGCACUCACUCAUCUAAAUCCUUACAACUCUCUUCUGAACUGGAAGCUAAAAACUGUGAAGUCGCUUGCUCCAUGUCCCACCUGUGAGGAAUAAAUGAGGGAACUGGGAUUUGAACCCUCAUCUCAUCUGACUCCAAAGUCUUCAUCACAUCACUGAAUUAUGUGUGCCCCAUUCAUGUGUGAUCUCUAGUGUUCAGGAACUGGCUUGACAGAUGAGAAGCCCAGGCAUGGAGUGCUUGAGCCACACAUGAAGAUUCUGAGUCCACAGGACUCCUGGUACAGUCUGCACACCACCACCCACUCCAGCCUGAAAUCAGCAGGGACUUUUGGGAGUUCUGUGUUGCUUCUAUAUUUGGAAGACUUUUUGGUCUUGUUUGUUUCCUGGAUUCUUUGUUUCUGUGGCCUGAAGAUGGAGUAUAUGUCACUCUGUCUUGAGAUUCUUUUGAACAGAGCUAGGAAGGAAAUGAGAAAAGAUACUAAUUAAGGGGUGAUAACCCCACAGAGAAAUUUGGGUUCUUUGCAGCAGGCCGUGCUCUUUCCAUAAGCCCUGUGUGUUUGUCAGAUGUUUAUAGAAUCUUCAUUAAUGGAGAGUUCCCUUAGAUAAGAAGUUGGAGCACAGCAUUGAGGGCCAGAUAAGAACAAGUGGAGGACACUCUGUGACGAUGGGUUGGAGCCUGGGAACUGGCCAGGGUGCUUGAUGAAGAGUGGUCAGCAGUACAAUGCAGGCCUGCUCCUCCUGGGAUCUUCCCCAUACCCGCUAACACAAGGUGGCCGCUGGCAGUCUCCUGUGCAGGGGGUCCGUGCUGUCCCAAGAUGUGCCAUGGGGCCCUGUUGGUGGCCCUGCCUGUGCUGUCCCUGCUGGUCUGCUCUGGGCAGGGGAAGCCUCUGGAGAGCCGGGUCCCGACAUUGACCAGGGCGGAUGCUCACCGACUGCUAAGGGGUUUUGGAGGUGAGCAGGUGGGAGGCACCUUCGACCUGAGGAUGUUUCUGGAGAACAUGAAAGUGGAUUUCCUGCGCAGCCUCAACUUGAGUGGGGUCCCUUCCCAGGACAAAACCCAAGCAGAGUUGCCGCAGUACAUGAUCGACCUGUACAACAGAUACACUACUGACAAGUCAUCCAUCCCUGCAUCGAACAUCGUGCGCAGCUUCAGCGUGGAAGAUGCUGUCUCUAUGUCUGCCACAGAAGAAUUCCCCUUCCAGAAACACAUCUUGCUUUUCAACAUCUCCAUUCCCAGACAUGAGCAAAUUACCAGGGCAGAGCUCCGACUCUACAUCUCCUGCCAAAGUCACAAGGACUCUUCUCAUGAGCUGAAAGGAAACAUGGUCAUUUAUGAUGUUCUGGAUGAAGCAGACACAUGGGAUGCUUCUGUAGGAACUAAGACCUUCCUAGUGUCCCAGGACAUUUGGGAUGAAGGCUGGGAGAAGUUUGAGGUCUCCAGUGCUGUAAAGCGGUGGGUCAGGGCAGAUUCCACCAAGAGCAAAAAUAAACUGGAAGUGACUGUGGUGAGUCACAGAAAAGGCUGUGACAAGCUGGACAUCAGUGUUCUCCCAGGCUCCAAAAACCUUCCUUUCUUUGUUGUCUUCUCCAAUGACCGCAGCAAUGGGACCAGAGAGACCAGGCUGGAGCUCAAGGAGAUGAUCAGCCAUGAGCAGGAGAGCAUGCUGAAGAAAUUGUCCAACAAUGGCCCAGCAGAGGCAGGUAAGAACAAGGAUGACGAGGAGGAUAUGGAAAGCCACAUGACCAUGGGGUCAUCUUUAGCCAGACAGAAGAGGAGUGCUGGGACCAACAACCAUUGUCAGAAAACAUCCCUGCGGGUGAACUUCGAGGACAUUGGCUGGGACACCUGGAUCAUUGCACCCAAGGAGUAUGAUGCCUAUGAGUGCAAAGGUGGCUGCUUCUUCCCCCUGGCUGAUGAUGUGACCCCGACAAAACAUGCCAUUGUACAGACACUGGUGCAUCUCAAGUUCCCCAUGAAGGUGGGCAAGGCCUGCUGUGUGCCCACCAAACUCAGCCCUAUCUCCAUCCUCUAUAAGGAUGACAUGGGGGUCCCCACCCUCAAGUACCACUAUGAAGGGAUGAGCGUGGCAGAGUGUGGGUGCAGGUAGUGCCACCUGUGUGUGGAGGGGUGGCCAGAUUGGGGAAGUCAUAUUGAGAUGUCCUGCAUACCCCUGGGCAUGACAGGGACUAAAUCCAUCUGUAUGCCAACCUGGAGAUGAAAAAAAAGCUGUCACAUCUUCAAGGUAAAUGCCUGCUUUCCCUUUCAUGGCCCACCCCAAGCACAUUUCUGGGCUUAACAGCAGGGGGAGAUGGUGGCAAGGGGAGGUAAGGAUCUGGAGAGGAGGGAAACCUGAAAGGGUUAUUGGAGUGGAAAGGGAGAUGAUGAAAGUGGGACAAGAGAAAAGAUAAUCCAGAAUCAGCAGAACACUGAUCAGAGGUGAGCCAGAGGAGUAUAGACAGGUCAUGUGUAGACAUUUAUAGAAAUUAAAGGAAUUGAAGGGGAUGGGGCUUAUUCCAAUAAGCUCGGGAAGUGUGGAGAAAAGAAAUGGUCUAUGUGCUCCACACCAAUCAUUUGACAUAUUCCUGCAACCCAGUGAGAUGGCCAUUAAGACCCCUAACUUAUAUAUGCAGAACCCAAAACUCAGGUCAAGUAGCACCAGUCAAUCACCUAAUUCCAUCUCAUAGGUUUCCAUAGGUCUGUCUGUCUCCAUAGCCCAAGACCUUUCCAAGUGCCUCAUUGCAGUUUAGCGGGUCACCUUGUAGCUAAAGAUCAAUUAGAUGUUGGGAGGUUGGGAGUGUAGGGCACUGGAAUGAGACCGGCCAGUACUUACCAAUAUGACUGGGCUGCCUGUUACAACCAGGGCAUAUUCCAACUGCUCAGUGACUGUGCUAAUUCCUUGGCCAAAUUCUUUCUACGAUCACCCUAGAGUCACUGGAAAACUACCCCCCAAACCAACUGCAGGAUGGAGAGAUUGCAGGACCACAGUCUGGCAUGCACUAUGCUGGAGCUACUUUGACCCUCUGGCACAGUGCUAAUAUGGGCAACAGUCCAGACAGAGCCACUGGCUGCCUGUGGACUCAAACUAUGUGAUGGUUUGGGAGGGGCAGACACAGCUUAUUCUGAGGGCUGGGGUGGCCUAUGACCUGCAUCUCUGCAGUUAUUUACUCAGCAUAACCAGCUUACCAGAAUAACACACUAUGGGUUUUCAUACAUAGGGACUCCUCAGGAGACAGGGGUCUGAGCAGCACUCAGGUCCUUAUUGGCCAUCGCCAGCUCUGCCUGCACCUCUGGCUUUCUUGAGUAGUGUUCAUCUAGGCCCUGUCCUGGGCUUGGGUCCUGGUCAGCCCUCACUGAACCCAAGAGAGGACAAAAUUUCUGUUUCCUCUGAAUUUCAUCCUUCCCUCUGACUCUUGAGGCACACAUGGAAUGGGAUGGAAUGAGGAAGAGUCUUGAGGUGGUGAGGAUUCCACUCCAUGGCCCUUCUGACCACAGGCCAGAGCAGAGCCUAUAGAAGGCCUAUUCCCACUGGUGGAAGUUCCCAGUAUAUU